AUGGCGGUCGGGGCUGUGCAUUUGUCCCCCCAGCUGUGCAUCUGUCCUGCAGGCAUGCAGAGACGGCGCCGGCGCGUGCUGGACACCUCCGUAGCCUACGUGCGGGGAGAGGAGAACCUGGCUGGCUGGCGGCCCCGCAGCGACAGCCUCAUCCUUGACCAUCAGUGGGAGCUGGAGAAACUCAGCCUCCUGCAAGAAGUGGAGAAGACAAGGCACUACCUGCUCUUGCGUGAGAAGCUGGAGACGACCCAGCGCCUGGGCCUGGAGAACCUGUCCCCCUGCUCCAGUGAGGACUCCGAGUCCCGAAGCACCUCCUGCGUCUCCUCCCCACUCUCUGUUGACGGGGCCCCCGAGGGUCGCACCUCUCCCCCUGAAACCCCCAGUGAGAGGCAGAAGGAGCUGGCCGUGAAGGUACCAUCCUCGGGUGCCUGGUCCUUUGCCCGUGCCUGGCUUUGGGCAGAAACGUGAGUCCACACCUCUGCUCCUCCACAGCUGUCCGAAAUGUCCGUGACCCUGAUGAGAGACCCCUCCAUGCCAGCUCUUGGGGUCACCACUCUCACCCCCUCCUCGACCUGCCCAUCGCUGGUGGAAGGACGCUACAACGCCAUGGAGGUCAGACCCCCCCAGGUCUCCUCCAGGGCGGAGAGCCCCGACCUGGAGCCUGCGGUAGAAGGAGAGCAGAAGAAGUCCCCGGCGUGCCGGCCUGAGGAGGAGAAGGAGCCCCAGCGUUUGCUGGUGCCUGACAUCCAGGAGAUCCGGGUCAGCCCCAUCGUCUCCAAAAAGGGCUACUUGCACUUCCUGGAGCCCCACACGAAUGGAUGGGUGAAACGCUUCGUGGUGGUCCGGCGCCCAUACGUCUACAUCUACAACUCGGACAAGGACGCGGUUGAGAGGGCCAUACUCAACCUCUCCAAGGCCCAGGUGGAGUACAGCGAGGACCAGCAGGCCAUGCUCAAGGGACUCAGACCCGAAAAACCGCCCCCGAACACAUUUGCGGUGUGCACGGAGCCCCGGGGCAUCCUGCUGCAGGCAAGCAGCGACAAGGACAUGCACGACUGGCUCUACGCCUUCAACCCCCUCCUGGCUGGGUCCAUAAGAUCCAAGCUGUCCAGAAGGAGAACAGCCCAGAUGAGAAUCUAA